UUUCCUUUGCUUUAUUCUCCGCAGGAAGUUACACUCUCGAAAGUCGUCUUUCUCUCUCGCCUCGCCUCUCUUUGAACACCAAGCCAGAAGCCAUCACCAAAACAAAUCUUCCUCCCCGGACCGAUUCCGCGGCCCCCAAUCCGCCGGCAUUCCCCGCGAUCGAGACCGCCGCCGGGAGACGGUCCGAACAAGCAGCCCCGCAGACCCCCUUCUCCUCCCGCGCGCAUUCGAGGACAGGUACAGCUGUUGGUCUUGUUCCUCGUCAGAGCUUCCAUGAGUUGGAUGCAGCAUUCCAAGUGCUAGGAUCUGUGGCUGAGUGGGGAGAAUGAAUGGGGUUUCUGAAGGUCUGAUCAUCGGGACCACGGUUGGUGUGGUGAUAGGGGUUCUGCUGGCAGUUGGAAUACUCCUGUGCAUGAGGUAUCGGUGUUCUAAGGCGCAAAUAAGGAGUAGUAGCUCAAGGAGGUCAUCGAUGAUCCCCAUCCGCACCAAUGGUGUCAAUACCUGUACCGUGCUCUCGAACUCGACUACAGGGCAGGAUUCGCCGAGGGAGUUUGAAGACCGUGGGGUGUCUCUGUGGAUUGAAGGGCCUGGCAGGAAGAGCCUAAUAUCAGCUUCUGGGAUACCCAAAUAUGCAUACAAGGAACUACUGAAGGCUACCAGCAAUUUUACAACACUAUUGGGCCAAGGAGCGUUUGGUCCUGUUUACAAAGCUGAUAUGUCAUCUGGUGAGAUACUGGCUGUUAAAGUACUUGCUAACAAUUCAAAGCAAGGUGAAAAGGAGUUCCACAAUGAGGUCUUGCUUCUUGGGCGAUUGCACCACAGGAAUCUGGUGAACUUGGUUGGCUACUGUGCUGAAAAAGGGCAACAUAUUCUGCUAUAUGCUUACAUGCCUAAUGGGAGCCUAGCAUCACACUUAUAUGGUGAAAACAGUGCACCACUGAGGUGGCAUUUGAGGGUAAACAUAGCUCUGGAUGUUGCUAGGGGUUUGGAAUACCUGCAUGACGGGGCUGUUCCUCCGGUAGUUCAUCGUGACAUCAAAUCACCAAACAUUUUACUGGACCAGUCCAUGCGUGCUAGGGUUGCUGAUUUUGGGUUGUCAAGAGAAGAAAUGCUUACUCGAAAUGGAGCCAACAUACGUGGAACUUAUGGAUAUCUUGAUCCAGAAUAUGUGUCCUCAAGAUCAUUCACAAAGAAGAGUGACGUGUACAGCUACGGUGUUUUGCUAUUUGAACUGAUUGCUGGUAGAAACCCUCAACAAGGUCUAAUGGAAUAUGUUGAGCUGGCUGCGAUUAAUGCUGAUGGAAAAACUGGGUGGGAGGAAAUCGCAGACUCUCGGCUAGAAGGCACAUUUGAUGUGGAGGAGCUCAAUGACAUGGCUGCUGUGGCUUACAAAUGCGUGAGCCGCGUGUCGCGGAAGCGCCCACCGAUGCGAGAUGUUGUCCAGGCGCUGAUCCGAGUGGCGAAACACAGCCGUGGCAGCAGGAAUCACCACAGUGGGAAGCUUCCACCGGGCAGGACGGAAGACGAAUCCCUCGACGUGUCUGAGGUUCAGUCAUAUGCCUCCGGUCUUCAGAGACAGGAAUCAGUUGGCAGUGUCUCCGACCUUCCGGAUGUCUGACUGGAGUUAACAAAAGUUCCCUCUACUGUUGUUCCUGGCUCCAAGUUUUUCUCUUUCAAUUUUGUGUGAUCCUUUUGUUCUGUUCAUAUGGAAAAUACGAGGAUCAAGCAUGUACCUAUUGGAUAGGGAGGUGAAGUUUUGAGCAGUAGUUUUGUGUAUGGUGACUGGUGACUAAUGUGGAGUGUUAUCAAAUUGUAUCUCUGCUGUAUAGACCUGCAUUGUAAGUAUUUGAUGAAUAGAAGCUGACUGUUACCAUCUUUGCCAUUGCCUUUGUCAGGAGAUGAUGUCCUGCUGCAGUGCUUUUA